GAAAAGUUCAUGGGGGCGGUUGCAGACAGAGUUGCAGAUGCGAUUUGGCGCGGGUAUUCAUUUCCAGCGCGUCAUCUCGCUUCCCACUCAACAUCGCCAUGAACGCCGCCCUCCUACAGCAGAUCCAGCGCAAGUACUCUCCCCCGCACACAGCGCACCGCUCACCCAGUCGCAGAGGGCAAGGGUCUCAGGAAGGCCCACGUCAACGACAGGUCCGCCCCCCUCGUGGCUGCUGCUGGUGGUGGUGCCGCCGCCACCAGCAGUGCCAGCGCCAGCACUGCGCCCCGACCCCCCUCAGCCCCCGCCUCAGCCCCCGUGCCGGCCGGGAACGACCCCGCGUCGCAGCUCGCAGGCCUCUUUGCCGGCGGCAUGCCCACUCUGCGAAAGACGGGCGACAGGCCAGCUGGUACGGGUCUUGCGAAACCGCCUUCCGUCCCGUCCCCCAGAGCCCCGUCUAAGCCGUCCGCACCGCCGCCCCCAGCACCGUCUGGUCCACCCAGCCGCACUGCCCCGCCGGCCCCUCCAGCACCGCCAGCACCGCCAGCACCGCCAGCGCCCCCAGCCCCCCCGGCGCCCCCGGCACCAACUCGACACGUCCCACCGCCUGCGAGAGCUACACCGCCUGCGCCGCCGGCACCGACGUCCUCUCGAGCGCCUCCCAGAGUGCCUCCCGCCCCGCCCGCUCCAUCUCGAACAGCCCCUCCUGCGCCUGCACCGCCUGCACCACCAGCGCCUGCACCUCCUGCGCCUGCACCACCCGCCCCACCCGCGCCCCCCGCCCCUCCCGCGCCAGCCCCCCCCGCCCGAAAUGCUGUCCACCGAAAAGAACCCGCACCGCCUUUGCCUGGAAGGUCGCCUGCGCCAUCAUUACCCAACAGACCAACAAACAGCGUCCCAGCGAGAGCCGUGCCACCACCUCCGCCUAGGCCGUCCUCCAUGACCGGCGGACGAGCACCUCCGCCGCCGCCGCCUCGCCCCACAGGCCCACCCACCCUUCCGUCUCGCCCUGCAAGCUCUUAUGCCGCUCCUAACCGCGCACUCCCUCCAGCUAUACCGUCUCGUACAGACUCGAGCAACUUGGCGCCUCCUACGCCUCCACGUCGACCAUCGUCCGUAUCGGCGCCGCCGGCACCUCCGCCUCCUGCACCGGCACCUCCUGCACCUGCACCUCCGGCACCUCCUGCACCCGCCGCACCUGCUCCACGAAGGAUGAUCCCACCGCCAGCUCGAUCCAUCCCUUCCCCCGCUCCCCGUGUAGUACAGCCAGAACCGGAGCCAGAGCCAGAACCAGAGUACUAUGGACAAGAGGAAGAGACCGCGCCGCCGCCUUUGCCUGCUGGACGACCUGCUUCUCGACUCCCUCCCCCUCCGCCAAGCGCACCUCCUCCCCCCCCUCCCGGGCCUAGCCCUGCAUCGCGAGCUGCACCCCCCGCACCGGCUCGAGCACCCCCCGCACCUGCUCGAGCACCCCCCGCACCGGCUCGAGCACCACCUUCCCCUGCUCUGGAGAGGAACCGACCCCAUCCGGCGGGAACGGCCUUUGCGCCUCCUCCCCCUCCGGGCAUCUCACCCGCAGCAGGUACCAACCGUUCAUCCCUCGCGCCUCCCAUCCUCGCUUCACGCCCCCGGCCCCAAAGUCUACAUGCAAGUCGGACGAAUGUCGCACAGCGUUCCUCAGAGGCCGUGGACAGUGAUGGCGGUGCAGACGGGGAUAGCGGUGCAGAGGAUCAAGUACCCGAGCCGCCUGCCGUGGUGGGAAGCUGGACGUUCCCCAUGAAGGGCAUGUUCCCCGCACCGAGGCCGUGGUCCGGUGGGAGAAAGACAUAUGUCAGUGGGAAUAUGCAUGGCGGUGGGAUUGGCUUCUAAGAUGGUAAUAAUAGCGUAAACGGGAAAAGAGGAUGCAUAUAUGUAUUGAU